AUGAACGAGGCCAGUGGGGAAGAAAUCAGGGAUUUUGAGCUCUCGAAAGAGAGAGAGAGUGCUUAUAUUGGCUGCGCGAAGAUCUCUCUGGAGCAUAUUGAUUUCCCCUACUCUGAGGUUGGCACACGCGAUGUGACAAGUCGAAAUGUCAGGCAGCUGCUAGCUGAAUUCAAGCAGAAUCGCUGCUCCCGCCUUGUACCUGACCACUGGAUCCGAGCAAUUAUUCAGCCCGAACAGCUUCAAGAAUUCCUACGCUACAAUAAUCUAACCUCCUUAAGCCGCCAGGGGCCAGUACCUCUGCGCUUGCGACCUGAAUGGAAGGUUCCCUGCCUCGAAGGCCGUAUCCGGGUGGCAGCUGCCUCUCAAUGGCUGGAGGGGCCGGAAAACCGGUGGUGGGUAGUGAGUUUCCUUGAUUCGACGCGGCUUUCAAUUGACCAGCGGAGAAUCAUCCAAGAAAACCAAGAACGGUCCCAGGAACACUUAAGCGGAGAGAUAUAUCGGAAUGUUGGAUACUACCAGCAGAAAGGAAAUGAGCUGGCAGUCGGCGAGUGGAUUGCCAGAUGGCCCAUAGGUAUUCAACGUGAUUUCAAACAACUGCGGGAAAGAAGCAUCAAUCUGCCCCUUCAAGAGGCCCUUGACCGACUGCAGCAAUUCCCUGGCUUAUGGUCAACAUGGGAACUUGCAUAUUAUAUUGACCACAUAAUCUCUAUAUAUGUUGAAAUAACUGUCGGAAAAUCGGAGAUACUCGAUGCCGGAACGGUUGAGCUUUUUCAGGGGCGCUCCCCAUACUGGUCAAAGAUUGAUCGCGAAUAUGUUGAAGAAAUAUUUGCAGAUGGAUCAGCAUUUCCGGAAGUGACAUCACCAGCUGAACGAGAUCAACUUCGACAACGAGUCCUCCAGGUCCAAUGCAUACUGCCAUCUUUGCGCACCUUGCAUGAGGAUACAAAGUACCUUGAGCCGGUGAUGAAACUCAUGAGACGGCUGCUACCGGCGUCGUUCAAAGGCACUAUCCAAUCGGGCAUGAGAAGGCAGUAUACUCCCGCGGCAGAUGAUGGAUCUCUGAUACAGACUUCCGAAUCUAGCUAUCGCCGUGAGCACGGCCAGAGCCAGGCCUACGGGUUUUGGGCAGCAUACCGACAGGUAGUGCUUGCCGGUAUGCGCGACUUUUAUGGCCUUGUGCCGAAUUUCAAGCCUCACAAAAUGCACAAGCUCAGUUCUGCCACUCGACAGCCGGAUUCUAGGGUGCUCUGGGACCGGUUUAAGGGGGUGGCAAGGCCUGUAGGCUUCCGCUUUCCUCAGGCCCGGCAAGGCGGCACUCCACCCAUCGUCGCCCACCACGCCAAUAUAUCACGCCCGGCUCUGACUACCAACGAUGCUAACGAGUGGUCUUUUCGCGACACCUGUGGAAUGACGGAUGGAGCAUCCUUCUUCUCAGACCAGAAAUAUCUCUACCUUGACAACAUAUACUCUCAUGUGCCUGAUGAACCUCGUCAGCAGGUGACCUCCUUCUCUGUCAAGCGAGAUUUUUUUCUUGCCUUCUUCCCACGUUUCACAGAGCCAACCGCCGUCCUUCCGCCGCCUCAGCCAUCAGGUCAAUCCCGAAGAGUGGCCGAUGUGUUAGGAGACAUCAUUAUGUCGGAUGCUACUCCUGCUCCAGUUCAAGCCCGACCCAUGGGUUCCAGCCAAGAACGGGCAGAGUCCAUUGCUGCAGGAGAUAACUCAGUCCUAGAUGUUCCGCCUCUACCUAUUAGUCAAGAGCAGGCAGAUAUUGCCAUUCCAGAUGUUUCCCCGCCGAUUCCAAGGAUCACUGUGACCCAGCCAUCUCCGCAACCGGAGACACAACCGCCGGUAGAGCAAGAUGACGGUGAACCGCGGAUAGUCUUCCAAAACCCGUGGCUUUGCCUUGCAACCUGUGUACUCAAAUCCCAUGCCGGAGAUUUCCCUACCACUAUCUCCGCGGGUCAUCGUUGGAUGGCGGAGGUAAAGCAAACAGGUCUUGACAGACAGGAUAGAAGACUCUCUCCUGUCAGCUUUAUGCAGAUUGGAAACAUUCUGAGCCAAGGAAAGAUUAUAGUGAGUGGAGAGAGGACAGAUCAAUACAACACAAAUCUGGAUAUUGUCCCGCCCAGUGGUCCUCUUUUCGCGACAUAUUUUCCCUUUCCCUCUGGAAAUAGCUGGGACUUUGAGGAUGAGCUUUAA